CCUGUAAUGUGUUGAGACCACGAAAUCUAGAACCCUAGAAAACCCCCCGGCGAGAAAAAAAAACGGUGACUCGGAGAGAAGGAGAGAGAUGUCGUUCAUGUAUGAGAAGAGCAACACAUGGAGAUGGCUAGUGAUGAAGACGAGAGAUUCCAGAUCCUUCUUCUUCACGUUCGCUACUUUAUGCGGUGUCAUUCCCGGCGUGAUUGGCUAUGGUGUUAUGCAGGUCACCAAUUCCAGUAACCCAGAGCUCGAAGCUCGCCUCCGUAAAUCCGCUCGCCCCGACACCCUCAUGAUGGGUAAAGUAAACCAAGAGAGGCUAGCUGAGUAUCUCGGUGAGUUGAAACAGAAGCAGGAUACAAACGACAGAUACGUGGCUGCUUUAAGGGGAGAGACUCUUACCAGGAAGCCUUACCAAAGAAUCCAACCAAUGCCAAAGCUAGAUGACACGGUGACAACCAAAGCUCAGUAAGGAUGAAUUCUUUGAAGAGUCUGUGUUAGUGGAUGACCCUCACUUGAAUCUUUCGUUCGUUGAUGCAAAGAUGGCAUGUUUGUUACUGGCUGUAAUGUUUUUUAUUUUAUUUUGUAACUAGCAUCUAGCGAGACAGCUUUUGUGCUAUGCCAACUGCUGCCACUUCAGUUACUACAAAACAUUUUGCUAUGAUGAAUAAAACUGUGUAAAACCCAUAUUUUGUA